CGGGUGGUGGGGAUGGUGGAGGUGGUCAUGAUGGGUUGGGAGAGGGUUUGGGAGUGCGGGGGGGGGAGAGGGGUGACAUGGAUGGGCGAGGAAUGAGGCGGUGUGCUGGAUGCGCCGGAUGAGGGAGGAGGUGGAGGGAACGGGACGAUGGUGGAGGUUGAAGGGUUGAUGGAUGUGGUGGUAGAGGCAGUAGGAGUGGAGGAGGUCGGCGGGGGGGUGUUGCUGGAGGUGGCUGUGGAGGAGGGAGUGGUUUGCAUUGUAGAGGUUGGAGUGGUUUGCACUGUGGAGGAGGGACUGGUUUGCGCGGUGGUGACGACCGUGAUGGAGGGGAUGGUCCCUUCGAGCGUGGUGACGCGGUCACAUAUGGACGACAUGUUGGCCUUUAUGUCAUCGAGAGAGGCGGUGACAGAGGUUCGGAUGGUGUUGAGUGUGUGGAGGAUGGCGGAGAGGUCGAGGGUGGCGGUGUUUGCUGGUGGUUGUUCGCCUGCGAGGUUGCGGGCGAUGCUAUCAACUGAGUCGGUGCGGAUGUCAGACAUGUUGAUGGAGGAUGCGGCCAUGUCAGGGGAAGAGGGGGUGGAGGACGUGGCCUGAAUGGGUGUGGAGGAUGCCGCAGCAGCGGUGGCGGCGGCAGCAGCGGCGGUGUCGUCGGCGGUACGCUGGGAGUUCUUGGUUCGGCGUGGUGGCAUGUGGAGGGUGGGGGGGGAAUCCCUUAUUUAUUUAUCAAUAAAUUCAAAAAUAAGGAUAAUCGCCAAGUUUUUUUCAAAAAAAAUAAAAAUAAAAAAAUAAAUAAAAAUAAAAUAAAAUAAACGCUGAACAGAAAG